AUGCUUGUUUCUCAAAGAUUAUAUAAGUUUUAUUUUGAUCGAGUUUUUCUCACUGUGAUUACUUACAACAUGUCAGAAGAGAAUAUUGAUUUCAAUGUUGCAUCCAACGAGAAAACGAAAAGCAGCAAAAUAAAUGGCUUUCAUUUGUUUUAUCGCGAAACAGUGAACACCUUAAUGAGUGAAGCGACUGUUGCGGAUGAUGCCCCGCCAGAACUGGCAGAGAUGAGUAAAAUUGGAUCAGAAAGAUGGAAGGCACUUGACGAUGCUUCGAGAAAGGAAUGGAACAAGAAAGGGCAAAAGAAGCGAGAAGAAGAUGACUGUGGUCAAACUGAGUCGUUGAUUUGCGCAAAAUGCAAGAAAACCUUCACGCGACAGAAGGAGUUCAACUAUCACAGCAAGAAUUGCGUACUAUGUACUUGCGAUAUUUGUCAAAAGGAAUUCAGCAACAAAAUUUCUUUGAGAAAGCACAGGAAGAUUCACGAUAACAUAAUCACGUGCGCUCUAUGUGAAAAGUCGUUCUCUUCACAACAAGCAUUGAAGAGACAUACCCAUUCAGUACAUGAAACACAAACUUAUGCAUGUGAUGUUUGUACCAAAAAAUUCUCGACUCAUGGAAAUCUGAAACGUCAUGAGAAAAUACAUUCUAAGUAA